AUGGAUGAGGCAAGAAUCGGAGCCGUAUCGAUCGAUUGCCCUUCGGAAGUCCUUAUGGAAAUGGGAAGCUACACACAGCCCCGAAUACGUCGUAAACUUUCACCACCGUCAAGACCGACAGACAAGAAGGGAACUGCUCAGGCUUUCAAUUUAGCCAGAAAGCUUCUCGCUAAAGAGAAGACAGCCUAUAAAUUCCUAAUUGUCAUUUCUGAUGGUGAAAGAACCACAUGUACAAGGAACAAACCGAGCGAUGAUGAAAUCGACAUCGCAGAAAAAGUAGGAUGGAUUGAUUGA